CGUCUCACCCGACCAAAACAUAAUACUCCUAUUUAUCAAUGAACACAGACUUAGUCACUUUUUCAAUAUGGAAUAUUUGGUUACUUUUUAACCAUAUUUACAGCAUCUAAAUAAUUACAUAUUGCAGUGUAAAACUGUUUAAUCUUUCUAAUCAUAUGAUAAUGACGAACACGAGGCAGGACUAAAUAGCUUGCACCAAAUUACAGAUUUAUGGUAUGAUCACUUCUGUGUUGCAACUUGGUGCAAACUAAAACAACUUAUGUAGCAAUAUCAAGUUAUGCCAAAUUGGUUUACACCACACUGGUAAGGAAUCAGAAUGUUAGAUGACUCUUAAGAUUGAAACGCCUUCCAUUUCAACCCAAAAAAACAAAAAUAUAAGACUGGUAGUUAGUUUCACACUCAACAACCAAAGUACAUCCAUUAUACAUCAUUCAUUUAUUGAAAUUAAAGUUCUUAAAAUCUGACAGUUAUUUCAUAGGUAUAUAUAGAAUCAAUUGAGCCAAUGUUAUUAAUAACUAACUCCAUUUUGUAAUAACCAUCCUAAAACAGUAUGUUUGCUCAUCAAUUCCUCCAUUAAUCAUAGUAAACAUCAACAGAUUCAGCAUAACUCUACUGAGAAAUGAAAAGGCACUCAUUCUCAACUUGAGCGAGUGAAAGAAUGAUUACGAUAGAUAUGUUACCCUCACCGCUUGAUUCUUCAACUUCAUUUCUAAACACAAGCACUAUUGUUGCACUUUGCGUAUUCUUUGCACUCCUCUGUGCUUGCAUCAUCGUAGGCCACCUUCUCGAAGAGAAUCAAUGGGCCAACGAAUCCAUCACUGCCCUCCUUCUUGGUUUGUGUUCUGGAGUGGUGGUGUUGUUGGUGACGAAGUUUCACAGUACCAAGAUUCUAAUAUUCAAUGAAGAUUUGUUCUUUCUUUACUUGCUUCCACCAAUCAUUUUCAAUGCCGGUUUCCAAGUCAAGAAGAAACAGUUCUUCAAGAAUUUCACUAGUAUUCUUCUGUUUGGUGUCCUUGGAACAGUUAUUUCUUUCUGUCUUAUAUCUCUUGGUGCCUUUCUACUCUUUAACGGGAUUGGUAUAACUAACCUCGGCAUAAAAGAUCACCUAGCCAUUGGGGCCAUACUGUCAGCAACUGACUCGGUUUGUACAUUACAGGUUCUGAGUCAAGACGAAACACCUUUUCUUUACAGCAUUGUAUUUGGCGAAGGAGUAGUAAAUGAUGCCACAUCCAUUGUUCUUUUCAAUUCAGUCCAAACACUUAACUUCAGCAGUAUCAAUGCUAUUACAGCUUUGAAAUUGUUGGGGACGUUCCUUUACCUCUUUUGCACUAGUACUGCUCUUGGCGUAAUUAUUGGCCUUUUAAGUGCUUAUAUUAUUAAAACACUUUACUUUGGGAGGCACUCUACAGAUCGUGAAGUUGCGCUUAUGAUGUUAAUGGCAUAUCUGUCAUAUAUGAUUGCCGAGCUUAUGAAUCUCAGUGGAAUUUUGACUAUUUUCUUCUGUGGCGUUGUUAUGUCACACUACACAUGGCACAAUGUUACAGGAAACUCGAGGACAACAACCAAGCACUCCUUUGCAACUCUCUCGUUUAUAGCGGAAACCUUUAUAUUUCUAUAUGUUGGCAUGGAUGCUCUAGACAUUGACAAAUGGAAAAGAAGCAAAGCCAGCAUAGGAACUUCAGUUGCUGUCAGCUCAACUUUGAUUUCAUUAGUUUUGAUUGGAAGAGCAGCAUUUGUUUUCCCUAUUGCAAACAUUGCAAACUGCAUCAAAACAAGAGAGAGCACAAAAAUUGAGUUUCGAUCACAGUUUAUAAUAUGGUGGGCAGGCUUGAUGAGAGGUGCCGUGACCAUUGCCUUGUCUUAUAAUCAGUUUUCAAAAUCUGAGAUAGCAUCUGCUGAAAACUCUGCAUUAAUGAUCACGUCAACUAUAAUCCUCGUCUUAUUCAGUACCGUGGUAUUUGGUUCCAUAACAAAGCCUUUGAUUGAGGCUGUGAAGUUAAGGCAUUCGAAACCAGCCAUUUCUGACUCCACUGAUAAUCAAGAGGAUAUGAGAUUACUAUUCCUUGAAAGCAAUUGUUCCGGCAACCAAAGCAACGAUCAGCCAAAUCAUAGACGAAGUACACUGAGUUUGCUGAUGCGUUAUCCUACUACUACAGUUCACUACUUUUGGAGGAAAUUUGAUGACAAGUUUAUGAGACCUGUAUUUGGUGGUAGAGGUUUUGUUCCGGUUGCUCCUGGUUCACCACCUGCCGAAGACGAGAUUUCUUGAAACACAAGCAAAUAGUACCUGUUUUGUUUUUUAUUUUCUGGUUUUAGUAUGAAGCAUUGGAAACCAGGUGGUAUAUUUGCAUCUAAAACUCAGCAGAGAAUGAAAACAUAAACUAUAUUUUAUGACUAUUUGAGGAAAAUUUUGUAUUCUUUACUUUCAUUAGCAUUGAUUAGAAAUAUGACAUACACUAUAGUUUGGCGUAAUACAUAGUAAUCUCGGCCAAAAGUUGUAUUAUGUAUUAAUAAAUAUCUCAAACAAAAAGUAUUGCUUAUUGCUCCUUAA